AUGAAAAAUAGUCUAGACAUUGUUUACCCUGGUCACCGGGACCUACCCUUGGAGCCAGACCUGAGGGUAAAGUUCCUAGACAAAACAAGUGCUGAGGACACUGAGGUCCAGCUCAAUGGUCUCAAAGGUGAAAGAGACCAGUUGAAGAGCAAUUACAGUGCACUGGCUGCAGAUAGACACCACUUACAGACCAAUUACCAUAACUGCAUUGCAAAGCAAAUCUGCCCCCAGGGGUGGGUAGAUUUCAGAUCAAGGAGUUAUUACAUCUCCUGUUGGCAGAAGAAUUGGACUGAAAGCCAGCAGGACUGUAAACAGAGAGGAGCUGAUCUGGCGAUCAUCAACAGCAGAGAGGAACAGGAAUUCAUCAACACGUUCAACAAGAGAAUCUGGAUUGGACUGACAGACAGAGACAAGGAAAGGUCUUGGAAAUGGGUGGAUGGCACAAGACUGACCACAAGGUUCUGGAAACAAAAUGAGCCCAAUGAUUACCUUGGAAAAGAGGAUUGUGCAGAGAGUACGGCAGAAUCCAACCCACAGAUGGCCUGGAACGAUAUACAAUGCGAACUCCAGCGAUACUGGGUGUGUGAGAGGGGGCCUGAACUAAAUUGAAGCACUCCACAUCACACAUGGGUGGGUGAACUAGUGAAAUGAAGAAAGAAAUGGCCUGGUCCUUGAGGUCCUAGAUGACUGUAGGCUGAAGACUGAUGCUUUUUAAUGCCAUAGUUGCUGUACUUUGUGUACAGUUAAAAGUUACAUUCAGCAGUCAGUGAUAACUCUGUAUUUCUCUAGUCGCUGUCAUGUCCUUCACAGAUCAUUCAGAACCACAACCUCUGCUGCACUGCCACCAACCUUCAGCCCUGAGUGAAGACCAUGUGUUUCACUUACCAUGGGAGUGUGUCGUAUGUAUAAAUAACCAGGUGUAAAUAAUGAAG